AUGUGGUGUCUGAGCCGCCCUCUGGACAGCGCCAGCUGGAGCCGGGAGUCCGGCUUCGGCUUUGAAGCCGCAGGCCUGAGCCUUCCGAGCGAGAGCCCCAGCGUCAGUCCAAGGAGCUUCAGUCCAAGGAGCCCCAGGCGAUCGGCGCCGCGCGAGGCGCCGCUUCUGCCGUUGAAGCCGCGUGCAUCUCGUGGGCCCGAAUCGGUGCGACGACGUUUUGGAGCGGAGUGCCUUUCCAAGUGUUCCGUGGCGCUGUGCUGGCGCCUGCUGCGGCCGCUCCUGGCAGCGGUGCUUUGCUUCUUCGGCGGCGGGCUGGAGGUGCUCCUGGGCGCGUUGGAGGCCUUCCGCACCAUGGGCGGCGCCGCGGUGCUGGAGCUCAGCGGCCUGCGGCAGAUGCUGACAGACACGAGCACUGACAAGAAGAGCGCGAAGCUGCUGGACACCCUGCUUUUGAUGGACCCAAAGAGGUUGGAAUCGGCGGCGGCUUCGCUGUGGCUGGCGUCGCUGGCGCUGCUCUGCGCUGUCAAGCUCCGGUUUGUGCGGACCGUCGCCUUCGCCUUGGCCUUCGCCGACAUGGCGGGCCUCUUGGCGCGGCUGCUGCGCCCGCUGCCGCGGCUGCUGCGCCGCAAACUGCGGCGCCGGCCGGAGGCGGAGGCGGAGGCGGAGGUGUGGGGGCCGUGGGCGGAGACCAUCACGGAUUCCCUGCUCAAGGCGUUGGCGCUCGCGGCGGUGUGCCUGAUGCCAACUCCGGGGGUUUGGUACUCCGCGCUGCGGGGCGCGCGCCUCAUGCGGCUCACGCCGCAGGACUUGGGGCUGAAGUCCCAGUGGGCGCUGGAGUUCAUGGCGCUGCUGGUGGCGGCGGCUGGGGUGUACUGGCAGCUCAGCCCCCACUUCUUCGUCCCCUCGGCGGUGGCGACGCUGCUGUGGCCCUGCCGCGAAACUGAGCGCCAGCUGGCGGUUGGGGACCUGCCGUGGGCGUGA